AUGGGUCCAAAAGCCGAAAAGAAACCUGCUACUGGCGGAAAAGCCCCAGCAAAAGCUCCUGCUGAAAAGAAAGACAGCAAGAAACCAGUCGCUUCCGGUGACAAAACCAAAAAGAAACGCAAGGUCAGAAAAGAAACCUACUCGAGUUACAUUUACAAAGUCCUCAAGCAAGUACAUCCGGACACUGGUAUCUCCAACAAGGCUAUGUCCAUUCUCAACUCUUUUGUAAACGACAUCUUUGAACGUAUCUCGGGCGAAGCUUCGAAACUUGCGGCCUACAACAAAAGGUCGACCAUUUCCUCCAGAGAAAUUCAAACGGCCGUACGUUUAAUCCUACCUGGCGAACUGGCUAAACACGCUGUUUCUGAAGGUACUAAGGCUGUUACUAAAUACACAAGCUCUAAGUAA